AUGGAGGAAGAACCUGGGGCCUGCCCUCCCCCCGUCCAGGCCAUGACGAUUCUGGGACUAAUCACGCUUGUUCUGGUGACAGGCCACGUAGCAGGCGAAACCAGGGUCAUCAAAGGGUACGAGUGCCUGCCGCAUUCCCAGCCGUGGCAGGUGGCUCUGUUCCAGAAGACGCGGCUGCUCUGCGGGGCGACCCUCAUCGCCCCCAAAUGGGUCCUGACAGCAGCCCACUGCCGCAAGCCCCGAUACAAAGUGCUCCUGGGGGAGCACAACCUGCAAAGGCAGGAUGGCUAUGAGCAGACCCGCCUGGCCACCGAGUCCUUCCCCCACCCAGACUUCAACGACAGCCUCCCCAACAAAGACCACCGCAACGACAUCAUGCUGGUAAAGCUGGAGACGCCGGCGGUCUUCACCUGGGCCGUGCGGCCGCUCACCCUGUCGUCGCACUGCGUCACCCCCGGCACCCGCUGCCUCAUUUCCGGCUGGGGCACCACGUCCAGCCCCCAGAUACACCUGCCGCACACCUUGCGAUGUGCCAACAUCACCAUCAUCGAUCACGAGCAGUGUGAGGACGCCUACCCCGGCAACAUCACCGACACCAUGGUGUGCGCCAGCGUUAAGAAGGAGGGCAAAGACUCCUGCCAGGGCGACUCCGGUGGCCCUCUGGUCUGUAAUGGGUCUCUUCAAGGCAUUAUCUCCUGGGGCCAGGAUCCAUGCGCCGUCACCAAAAAGCCCGGUGUCUACACAAAAGUCUGCAAAUAUGUGGACUGGAUUCAUAAGACAAUGAAGAACAACUAG